ACCUACAAUUCGUGCCUCAGGUGUGGUCGAGCCAACAGCAACUACAGAACUGAGACCUGUCUGGAUGUGACAAUCCCAGACGAUCAUCUUGCUGGAUGUGAUAUUUACAUUCAUGCUGAUUCACCUCACAGGACUGAGCUCCGUCCUGGAGGUGCAGGACUCGCUGACACGGACUUCCUGCUGUACCUUCACAUGAAGUCCACUGACAAGUGCAGAGCAAAGCCUAAUAUUUUGGCCAACGCUGCUCACUGCCAGACAGAUGCACUUGGACGACCUGUGGCCGGGGUGGUGGUCAUCUGCAGGGAAAGACUGAAAGGAGAAACGUUUAGUCACCAGGCAGCUGUACAGACUGUGAUCCAUGAGCUGUUUCAUGUGCUGGGUUUCUCUAAAGAGCUCUUCCACACCUGGCGAGACUGUUCCUCCAUGUCUCAAGGUGUGAACUUUACAGGUGUACUUCCUGGCAAAGUGUCCUCACACUGGGAGUCCAGGAUCUUUCAGGGCUCCAUCAUGGCAGCAGAGCUAGCGGACUCAUCCUCAGUCUGGAUCAACCCAGUAACCUUGGCUGCAUUACAGGACACGGGCUGGUACAAUGUAGACGUGAGCAGGGCACAGAGUCUGGUGUGGGGAGACGGAGAAGGGGCCAUGUUUGGAUCCCUGUCAACCUGUCAGAACAAAUCCUCAUCGUUUUUCUGCUCUGGCAGUGGGUUUGGGUGUCAUUACCUUCACCUCCACAAAGGGGAGUGCAAGACUGAUCAAUACCUGGAGGGAUGCAGAGUGUAUAAACCCCUCAAAAAUGGAAACCGGAGUCAGUUUCCUUCGUUCAUCAGCACAGUGGAGGGGCGCUGUUACAGACACAGGUGUACUGGACCAAACAGGUACCAAAUCCGCGUGUCAGGCUCUGAGUGGGUGGAGUGUCCAGCAGGGGGAAGCAUUCAGAUUGAAGGAUACCAGGGUUCAGUUUCCUGUCCUGACAGGAGGUUGUGUCUGUACUCUGACAUCACUCCUCCUUCAGACGCCGUCGAUACAUUUCCUGCUUCCAUCAUCAGAGAUCCAUAUGGGACUUUAACUUCAGCCCAGACCUGGACCUCUUUGUCCUUCGGUGUCAAAACAUCUCUCAGCAUCACUGCUGCCGUGUGUCUCCUGGCUGCAGUCUUGGUGUCUUACAGAAAAUGUUGCUCCUGCAGGAUCAGGAUCCACACCAGCACAGAUGAACACAGUAAUCUGUAGGAAACACAGCCUCUAAAACCGGCUUUAUAAACUUUAAUUGUUCAAUAAUUUUGUUUGUCUCUUCUUAGUAAUUUAUCUGAAGGCUGUGUUGUAAAUGUAGAGUUAUUCAGUCAGAGACAAAAUGCCUUUUUAUGACAAUUUUUAUUGAACAGAGUAAUGUGAAAACAUAAAGAUAACCUGUUGUGGUCAAACGCAGCUCAAAAAUAUCAAUCAGCUGGUUUCUCACCCUACAUACAUUAUAUUGAUCAGAAAUGAUACCAAAAAAACAUAAUGAGGAAACAUGGCCAAACCAAAAA